AUGAAGUUUAUUGUUCUUAUUGCAUUAUUGUACCUAGUGUAGAACUUUUGGACACCAUAGUUUAAUUAAGGACAUCAAGUUAUAGUGAUAUUUAGCACUGGCCAUAUUUUAGAAUCUUAAUCUACAGUCCCAAGAUAAGUAGUAAUUGAUAUCCAAUUCUCUAUCGUUUUUAAAUAUGCUCCUUAGGUUUUUAUACAAACUUAAAAAGUCGAUUGGCAUCUAGCAAUGCCUGGUGGCUUUUCUGAAAGAGUAAGUUAUAUCACAACAACUGGUAAUUGAAUAUAAUAAUCAAUCUAAAGGUUUCAAAAUUAGUGGGAUUGCAGUAGGUCCAAAUCCUCUUUAUGAAUUACAUAUUUAUUGGAUUGCUAUUCUUGAUCUUAGAAUUUUAGUUAUCACUUUAGAAACAUGGGAUGUUUAAGAAUUAAAAACUGGUACAGGUUAAAGAGAAGUAUAAUACAAGAUUGAACAUGAUUUAGAAGAUGCAACAAAUGGUAUAAUAUCACUAAUGGGAGUUAAACAUUCAUCUUAUAGUUCAACAAUUGAAAUAGAUGUAAAUUUUGUUAAUUUUAUAAUAUUAGAUUGCAGAGUUAACAUCAUAAUAUAUUAUUGUAUCUGUAAGGACAUAUUCUCAAUCAUAAUUGGAAUUUAUAAAAUUAAAUGUACUUAUAGGUACUAGCGAAUCAUUAUGGUCAUCUCCUAUGUAGGCUUUAAUCAAUGCUCCAGGUCAUCCAUUCGUUUCAAGAGGGAAUGGAAAUUACGAUCUUUAAUUGACAAUUGAUUGUCCAUAGAUUUCGGGAAAUUAUUAACUUAUUCCUCAUGUGACAAUUAGAGGGUACGAAAUCAUGAAUUUUGAAAAUAUUAGAUUAACAUAUACAAAUGUUGUAUUGAAUACUAAAAUAUCAUUUACACUAUCAACUUGUAACACAUAAAAAUUAUCAUUAGGGUCAACUUCUAUAAUUUACAGAGUUUACUAUUAAGGAGGAAUUUUUAUAUAUGAUCAAAAUUUCAAAUUUUUUGAUCCAUAUUGUGCUGAACUUUUUUCUGAAUGUGAUUUCAAUGGUGAUACUAUCAUUAUAUGUGAUAAAAUACCUGAUUUACAAGCAAUAGGAUGGACUAAACCUUUUCGUUCCAUAAGUGUUCCAAAACAUAGAAUAUUAUAUCUAUUUGAUUAAAUAAACUAUAGAGGUGUGAAACAAUCAGUCAUUUAAACUUAGAAAUGCAAUCAAUUUACAAAUAUUUUAUCUGCAUAAUUCUAACCAACAAUUUCAUUUAUAAAAGUACUCUUUCUCAAUACUAUUGUUGCAAAUAAUUGUUUAACAGUUAAAUUCUACAGUUAAUGCAACUAUUAAGGAACAAUGUUCCAAAUAACUUAAGGAUAAAAUUUAUAAUAAUCAAAAAAGAUCCCUUUUGAAAUCAUGUCAAUUAGUACUUGUCCUAAUAUAAUCAUAAAAUUAAAGGCACCAGGAGGUUCUGUCAAAGAAAUUACUACCUCAUAAGCAUGUAUGAAUAGUUUUAAAGUAAUUAUUUAUUUAUCAUUGGUUAGUUUCCAAAAUAUACAUAAAAUAUAUGA